AUGUAUGGGGGGAAGGAGCGCGUAGAAUGCGCGGAAUGGAGUCUUGCAGGCGAGCACCAGAUCAAAACAGCCAGAUAUGUCAACACCUCCUCGCUUCCUCAGGCAGCGUCCAUACUGAAUACCCCGAUGAUAACUCUGUCAAAGAAGUCACGCUGCAUGCUUCGGGAUACGAGAUAUCCUUCUGAUCGUUAUGUUCUCCUGCAAUGGCUGAACGGCACGAAAGAUGACGUACCAGUGACUCAAAUUGUGCAGCUGACGGUCAUCCCAGUGGGGACAUUUUCUCGUGCACAGAGGGACCAAAUUCUUCGCCUUGCUAAUCAGGUCAAAUUUCAGACAACAUCGAUCACCAACAACUGUAGGGUUUGGUUGCGAGAGCUGCCGGUGGCUAUGGUUGAUGAAGAGCUCAUCACGCAGGAGAAGUUUGAUGAAAUCAUUGAGGUGGACCCUCUCCAGAUGCGUCGACCAGAGGAAUGA